AUGGCCUUCAACCCCGCGCACGACAUCAAGGACCUCAGUGGCAAAGUGAUUCUGAUCACAGGAGGCAACACAGGCCUCGGCGCCAGCAAAGUAAAAGCCCUGGCAGCCCACAAUCCAACCUGCAUAUACCUUUGCUGUCGAAAAAUCGAAUCCGGCCAAGCAGUCGUAGACUCGAUUCACCAGACCAUCCCCAAAGCCAACAUCCAAAUCCUGCAACUCGACCUCAGCUCCUUCGACAGCGUGAAGAAAUGUGCCGCAGACUUCAACGCAAAGAGUGAUCGCUUAGACCUCCUCUUCCUCAAUGCUGGAAUCUCCGCCACAUCUCCCGCUCUCAGCAAGGAAGGCUACGAGCAGCAAUUUGGCGUAAACCACAUGGGCCACGCACUCUUCGCGCAACUCCUUAUGCCGAAGCUGCUGGAGACACAGCGACAAGCCGACUCAGAUGUUCGCAUAAUCGUCACCUCCUCGAUCGGCGGCCAUCGCAUUGCGCCCAGGCAGGGCCUUGUCCUCGACCAGAUGAAGACGGACGGUGCAUCGAUCGCUCCCAUGGUGCGCUACGGCCAUUCCAAGUUGGCAAACAUGCUCUUCGCUCGGAAACUGGCCCAACUCUAUCCAUCUAUCACUACAACCUCCUACCAUCCUGGUACCGUCAAGACCGACAUCUGGGGGAAAGCGGAAGGAGUGAGACUCCUGGCGUUUCUUGUAGCACCGAUCGUGUGGGCUACCGGUGUGGAUUCUGAUACUGGGGUGCAGACGGCGCUUUGGCUGGCGACGGCGGAGAAGGGUCAAAUUGAGAAUGGCAGGUAUUAUGCGCCGAAGCCGUUCGGGAAGCCGAAGGAGGGGAGUAAGUGGGCUGUUGAUCAGAAGCAGACUGAUGAGUUGUGGGAGUGGACGAAUGAAGAGUUGGCGAAGCAUGGUGGGCCUGAUUGGCCAGAGGAGUGA